GUCCUACUGUACUUACUUUGAAUACUACUAUUACUUUGUACACACAAACACACAUAUAAAAGCAUUAAAGAAAUUUGAAGUUUUUAUUGUUUUCUUGUUUUACAGAAUGCUUCUGCUUGUGCCCUCAAUACUCUUGAUAUCAACAGUCUUAUCACAAGACAUACCUGAAUAUGGACCAAUUAGUGCGAACUUCGAUGCUUGGCUCGAUAGGAAUGGAUAUGGAAAAUAUGAUUAUGCGAGGCUAGAUCUAGGUACUGCUGGAAGUUUUGGUGGAAUGUCCAGUGAUAUGGAAUAUUUUGACACAUCAAAAGACCCGGUAAUCUUCUUUCACGGAAACUCGGACGCCGCCCUUACUGCUAACAACUUUUCGACUGGAUGGACUACAACUGUUCAGUACUUCUUGAAUCAAGGAUACACACUGGGACAUCUCUAUGGAACAUCAUGGGGAAACACAAAUACAACCGCGGCAGUUGAGAGGGAUCAUGAUUGUGUAACUGUAUUCCGAUUGAGAAAAUUUGUGGAAGCUGUAAUGGAUUACACGGGAGCAAAACAAAUUAAUAUAAUUUCCCAUUCGAUGGGAGUUACUCUUGCCAGAAAAGUUAUUCUUGGAGGCUACAUCAAUGCUGACGACGGUUCAUGCAAUAUUGGGAAACCAUUAGGAAACAAAGUACGUGUAAUUUUGGGAAUCGCUGGAGCCAAUUUUGGACUAUGUGCCUGCGUUGGACACUGGCUUGGAGUUACGUGGCCAACAUGCAAUGAUGAUAAUGGACUGUGGCCCGGAGAAACGUGUUAUCCAAAUCCAAUGAACGGACAGUGUGCUGCGUCACCAUUACCCUCACCAUGCAAUGGUUUGACUUAUUCCAAAUUUUUAAUGGAUCUCAACAACUCGCGAUUCAAACCAGCACAGCACAUUUUCAGCAUGUGGAGUAUGGAAGACGAGCUAAUUGACCUGCGAAGAAUGUCACGUGACGACUUGAUCGGUGAUGGAAAUAUGGUUUGGGGUCGUCCGACAAGUGAGAUCCCAUUUUCAGAUAGCAAUAAAAUCUACAAGAACUACACUCAUAUGGAAACAAAACUGAACACAGCAGCAGACCAAUUCCAUAUAAUUACUCAAUUAACAAUUCCAUAAUAAUUCGUCAAUUUUUUUUCUUAAUUUACCAUUAUUUUGUUGUUUCUUCUGCACCCUUCAUUUCUCACUCAUCCAAAUCCUGAAAAAAGCUCUCUAUUUCCCAGUGUCUCAUGCCACUCCCACAAAACCCUGUAGAUUUCAUUCUUUAAAACCGGAAAACGUUGAUGCAAUAAUGAUCUCAAAUUAUAAGAACAGAAAAUGAAACUGUUGUGAAUAAAGUUUCAAGGAUA